UAAAUUUUCAAUCACUUCAAUCUACCUGAGGGCUACUGGCCAGUGCAAACGGCACGGGUCAGUCGAGGAAUCCAGUCCUCCGCCACACAGCAUUGCGUACCUGGCGGAGAUCCCGUCCCUUCAGCGUGCGGCCGGCUCCCUCCAGCACCGAGAACGUCGUCAUCGGCGACUCCCGAGCCCGGGCGCGCGCUACCAUCUCGUGCGGCGGUAGCAUCUCGUCGUCUUCAUCCUCCGCUUCCCCCAUCACCAUCACCACGGGCGGCUUCCGCAGCCGCGCCACAGGGACGUUGACCGGCAAUGAUUGCGGCAUAUACGGCGCCGGGCGGGGAACGGCGGGGAUCAUGCGGGCAGGGGCCGCAGCCGGGGAAGCGGGGGACGAGGACGUCGACGAAGAGGACGGAGGCGGCGAGCGGCGGCGCUCGGGGAGGGCGUCCAGGAUGCCCUCCGGCGGGCGGCGUAGGCGUGGAAGAGGGCUAGGGUUUGCAGGGCGGACGGAGGACAGGAUGAGUGGGCGGCGCACCGGCUGCGGCGGCUCGGGCGAGCCGGAUCCUGCGGAGAAGAGGUCGUCCUCGUCAAGCUCGAAGGCCGUAGACGCAGACUGUUCGCCGGCGGCUGCGGGGCGGACGAAGGAGCCGAGGAAGCGCUCGGAGCUGAGGGAGCUCCUGUGCCGCGCGCGAUCCAUGGCUGAGCUGAGCGUGUGCCGUCGCGUGUGCCAGUGUGACUGUGAGGGUGGGGGAGAUGUCACGUCACUGGUGAGAGGUGGCGAGACGGCGACGAGCGCGCAGGUGAUCAGCGAGAAUUUAAUGGGAGGCGUGCCGAUGCAGGCUUGGGGUCCACGAGUCUGUGGCGGAGCCAGCCAUUCGGAGAAGACGAGAGGCGAGGCAAGAGAUCUUGCCAGGGCGUUGAGAUUCGUGCGCCUUUUCGACGGAUCCGAUUCUAGACCGGCCACUCUUGGGCCCCCAGUGACCGGUGCGGGCUCGGGCCGAGCCGGGACUCGUCAAGCCCGCGUAAUCCCACAACUAACAAACCAUGUACAACAAAAAUACCCACGGAAAAUACAAUCGAGUCGAGGGAAAAAAAAAUCCUUUCCCUUUUCUUGUGAAGUCGUCCUCUUCUUCCCGUCGCUUCGCCGUGCCGCACCAGGGAGGAGGAGAGGAGGCUUGGCCGCGAAGCUCGCCAUGAUCUCGCCGGAGAGGAGCUCGUCACAGAGCCCGCGGUCGCCGGCGGCGGCGGCGGGGGCGCCGUUCCUGUCGAUAUCCGUCACGGAUCCCGUCAAGAUGGGCACCGGCGUGCAGGCCUACAUCUCCUACCGCGUCAUCACCAGGACCAACCUCCCUGAAUUUGAGGGACCAGAGAAAAUUGUUAUUCGACGCUAUAGUGAUUUUGAAUGGUUGCAUGACCGGCUUGCUGAGAGGUACAAAGGCGUUUUUAUACCUCCCCUUCCGGAGAAGAAUGCUGUUGAGAAAUUCCGGUUUAGCAAGGAGUUCAUUGAAUUGCGGCGUCAAGCUCUGGAUUUAUUCGUUAACAGGAUAGCUUCACACCCUGAACUCAAGCAAAGUGAUGUCUUGAGGACAUUUUUGCAGGCAGAUGAAGAGAUAAUGGAUAGGGCAAGAUCUUACGAGACUGGUAUUUUUAAGAAACCAGCAGAUUUCUUACAGAUGUUUAAGGAUGUACAGUCAAAAGUCAGUGAUGUUGUUCUGGGAAAAGAAAAGCCUGUGGAGGAAUCUAGUCCUGAAUAUGAGAAGCUUAAAAAUUACAUAUUUGAGCUAGAAAAUCAUUUAGCAGAGGCCCAAAAACAAGCAUACCGUCUUGUGAAAAGACACAGAGAACUUGGGCAAUCCUUGGCGGACUUCGGAAAGGCAAUUAAGCUUUUAGGUGCUUGUGAAGGAGAUUUGAUGGAAAAGGUGUUUUCUGAAGUUGGUUCUAAGUCAGAGAUGUUGUCAAUAAAGCUGCAAAGAGAGGCAGACAACCUUCUCUUUAACUUUGAAGAACCCUUGAAAGAUUAUGUGCGUGCUGUACAAUCUAUAAAAGCCACUAUGCUGGAUCGAGCCAAUGCUUUCAGGCAGCACUUUGAUUUGGAUCAGGAGAGGAAGUAUAAAGAGCUUAACCUUGAAAAAUUGAAGUUCAUGAACCCUGAGAAGUAUGCCGAAGCAGAGUCUGAGUUUAGAGAGUUGAAAGCAGACAGUGAGGAGGCCACAAAGAAGUUUGAACACAUAGUUAGACUAAUGAAUGAAGAGCUCGCUCGUUUCCAGGAGCAAAAGACGGCUGAUAUUGGACUCGCAUUCCAUGAGUUUGCCAAGGGUCAGGCUAAGCUAGCCAAAGACAUUGCUGAUGCUUGGCGCAGCAUCCUCCCAAAGCUUGAAGCUUGUUCCACAUCGUAAAUGUGAUUUGUGUUUCCUCGUGAUGUUUGGGAUAGGGGCUGGCAGCUGUUGAUUUUUAGGCUGUUUUUCCCCAGCCUGUUUUGACACUGAUUCCUGUAUACUUGAACUGCGGUUUGGAAAUGCUCCAUCUGUUAGAUUCAGUUGACAUCAUUUCUUGCUGUUUGAGCUUGUAACCAUCUUCUUUUCUUUAGAUCAAUUGACAUAGCUACUGGAACCACGUAAUAAUGAUAUAAUCAAUAAUGAAGAAAUGCUGUACCA